CGAAUUCCUCCACCACUAGGGGCCAGCAAAAAAAAAUCGCCUUGGUUUGCCAGUUCCGCAUGCCCUCUUUUUUAAACUUCUGCUCAAGAAUUUGUUUGGCCUCUUCAACUAACCCGAUUCAAUAUGGGACGAGUCAGGACUAAGACGGUGAAAAAGGCCGCCCGGGUCAUCAUUGAGAAGUACUACACCAGGCUGGGAAAUGACUUCCACACCAACAAGAGGGUGUGCGAGGAGAUCGCAAUCAUCCCCAGCAAGAAGCUGCGCAACAAGAUAGCUGGGUAUGUGACCCAUCUCAUGAAGCGCAUCCAGAGGGGCCCCGUCAGAGGCAUCUCCAUCAAGCUCCAGGAGGAGGAGAGGGAGAGGAGGGACAACUACGUCCCAGAGGUGUCUGCACUCGACCAGGAGAUAAUCGAGGUUGACCCAGACACCAAGGAGAUGCUCAAGCUACUGGACUUUGGCAGUUUGUCGAACCUGCAAGUCACCCAGCCAACUGUCGGAAUGAACUUCAAGACACCAAGAGGAGUCUAGGCAUUUGUCAUAUCGCUUAAUAAUAAAAUAAAAAAGUACACAAAAA